AUGUCUAGUGCAAAGCUUGAUGAGGUAUUGAGUGCUCAAAAGCCUAAUUCUGAUAAGAUUGGCUUAGGAUAUGUUGUUUUCUCUGGCCCCUCCUCUUCCACAGCUUCUGGAUCAAAGGCUGUCUUUAUGCCCCAAUCUGAGAGAGGUGAUAAAGUCAACGUGGAAUUGCCAACAACUAAUGUUGCUAUUCCAAUUCCGGAAAAUGUGGAUGUUCCAAUUCUGGAAAAUGCGGAUGUUCCAAUCUCUCAAACACAAUUUCAAAGAAUUGACCUUGAUUCUUUGGAUUAUGAUCCCGGAACACGCAAACAAAUAUGGGAAUAUCAUGUUAAUCAACGUGAUGAAAUUCGACGGAUGCAGCUUAUUGUCUACCCUGCUUUGUCUUUCAUAAUCCAAAUGUGGUUGUGGGACAAAAUACAUUUAUUGUUGGUGGAUUUAGAAAUUGGAAAAAGGUUGGGGGCAAAGAUUCAUUUGCAAAGGGUAGUUGAUCAUUUCACUACUGAACAAAUUGCAAAUAAUCGGUUGCAAUUGAAGGCCACAAUUUUUAUUGUGCGAAAUCUUGCCUUUCAAGCUAUAGCUUUUAGAGGUCGAGAUAAAAGUUUUAGUUCAUUAAAUCGUGGGAACUUUCAUGAAUCAUUGGGUAUUGUGACUUUUUGGAAUGAGAAGGUUGCUGAAAUAAUAGAAAAAGCUCCAAAAAAUGCAACCUACACAUCACCUAGGAUUCAAAAGGAAAUUUUACAUGUUUUCUCAGCCAAAGUGAAGAAGGCCAUUCGGGAAGAAAUUGGUGAUGCAAAGUUUUGCAUAAUGGUUGAUGAAGCUAGUGAUGAGUCCAUGAAAGAGCAAAUGGCUGUGGUGUUUAGAUAUGUUGAUGCAGAAGGCUUUGUGAAAGAACGCUUUUUUGGGCUUAUUCAUGUUGUUGACACUGCAACUUUGACUCUAAAGAAGGGGAUAUAUUCUUUGUUAUCUCAAUAUUGCUUAGAUAUACAAAAUAUUCGAGGGCAAGGAUAUGAUGGAGCAAGCAACAUGCGAGGUCUGUGGAAUGGAUUACAAGCUUUGAUUUUGAAUGAUUGCCCAUAUGCUUACUAUAUCCAUUGUUUUGCACAUCGCUUACAAUUGGCAUUAGUAAAAGCAUCAAAACAAGUUGUUCCCAUUAGUCAUUUUUUUCUUACAUUGCUUUUUCUGAUCAAAAUUGUUAGUGCUUCAUGCAAGCGCAAUGAGCAAUUGAAAGUUGCCAAUGCUAAUGAAAUAGCACGUUUGAUUGAUCUUGAAGAGCUUGAGACUGGAAGUGGACUUAAUCAAAUUGGCACUUUACAACGACCUGGAGAAACACAUUGGAGUUCACAUUUUAGAUCAGUUUCUAGCUUAUUAAGGAUGUUUAGUUCAACUGUUAAAGUUUUACAAAAUAUAAUUGAUGGUGCAAUUGAUGGAGAAAAUCGGGCAGAAGGAGAGUCAACUUAUGAAGGUUUAACUUCAUUUGAAUUUGUUUUCAUCUUGCAUCUUGAGAAGGAAACUAUGGAGAUCACUGAUAAACUUUGUCAAGCUUUGCAAAGCCAAUCUCAAGACAUUUUAAAUGCCAUGCAUUUAGUUUCAUCUACUAAAGCACUUAUCCAAAAAUUUAGAGAUGAUGGUUGGGAUGGCUUACUCACCACUGUGAUAUCAUUUUGUGAGAAGCAUCGCAUUGAUGUCCUGGAUAUAAAUGCUCGUUAUGUUGCAAGGCGAGGUCGAGCUCAUAAUCAACCAGAUAACGUUACAAAUGAGCAUCAUUAUCGAGUAAAUAUUUUUUAUGCUACAAUAGAUUCUCAACUACAGGAACUAAAUUAUCGGUUUAAUGAAGAUGCAAUGGAGUUGCUUAGGCUUAGCUCAGCUUUAGAACCUCGAGAGGCAUUAAAAUCUUUCAGAAUUAGUGAUCUUUGUUUGUUGGUAAAGAAUUUCUAUCCACAAGAUUUCACAGAUUAUGACAAACAAGUGUUGGAGAAGGAGCUUUAUCAUUUUGAGCAUAAUGUAGUCCAAAACCCAGAGUUCAAAAAAUUGAAAAGUUUAUCUGAGUUGUCUCAAUGGUUAGUGAGAACUGGAAAUUCAGAACACUACAAACUUGUUUAUAGAAUGGUGAUACUUGUGCUUACUCUUCCAGUUUCUACUGCUACUACAGAGCGAGCAUUUUCAGCUAUGAAACUUGUCAAAACUGAACUUCGAAACAAAAUGGAAGAUGACUUUUUGAAUGACUCUUUGAUGUUAUACAUUGAAAAUGAUAUAGCUUCGACAUUUAGUUUGGAUUCAGUAGUAGAUGAUUUUGAAGAUUUGAAAGAGCGUCGAGUUCCCUUUUCAUAG